AUGGAUGAAAAUGACAAACAAGAAAAAAUCAAUAUUCUAUUAGAUAAUCCACCUAAACAACCAUAUCAACGAAAAUUUAUUGAAAAUUUAUCAACUAUGAAUCGUUUAUAUAAUUUUCUCUACAAUGAAUUGACAAAUGAUAAAUGUUAUAAGAAAUGGCCAAUUUUUUUCGUACCUGAUUCUUAUAUAUUAAAUAAUAAUGAUUUAUGUAUUGGUCAAUUUUUGUUUAUUAAUGAAAUAGUAUGGGAUGAUCCAACACAUUUAUUACCUGAACAUUAUUUAAUGAAACAUUUUUAUAAAGAAUUAGAAGUAUUUUUCACAAAUAUAUUACAAAUACCAUUGAAACCAAAUGUAAAGUCUUA